GUAACUACAGCGCUCUGAUCCGCACACCAACACAAACGCCAUCUUUAGCCGACAAAGUGCUGUACUGAAGCAGAGUUGUGGAUCGAAACUAGGUCAGGCGCCUGGAAAACUCGAAGACUUUUGGGGAUCUCCCGUCGGAAGCCUCCUCGGUUGGUGUUCAGCAACGCCCGGCCACACCGCACUGUCGUAUGGUCCAAUGUGUUUGAUCGCUCGGCCAGCCCGUACGCAGUUUUAUUUUGUCGGUCCAGGUUGACGUUGAAAGUGAUCCUCCGUAAAUAAGCAACCGACGGUGGAGCUAAAAGCCAGGAUGAAACGAGGUCUCCAAGAGAAUGAGCAGGAGGAAGGAGGAGGCCCUAGUCGGGGGUAUCAGAAGAGUAUCAAAUGGUCAACUAAGCAGGAUGGAGAGAAAGAACUGGAAGAGCAAGGAGUCAGCUGGGAGUGUUUGCCGCAGGAGAUCCUGCUUCACAUUUUCCAGUACCUCCCACUGCUGGACAGAGCUUUUGCUUCUCUGGUGUGCCGGGGCUGGAAUCAGGCCUUCCACAUGCCAGAGCUGUGGCGCUGCUUUGAGUUUGAGCUGAACCAGCCGGCCAGCUCCUACCUGAAGGCCACGCACCCGGAGCUCAUCAAGCAGAUCAUCAAAAAGCACUCCAACCACCUCCAGUACGUCAGCUUCAAGGUGGACAGCAGCAGAGAGUCUGCAGAGGCGGCGUGCAACAUCCUCUCUCAGCUGGUGAAUUGUUCUUUGAAAACCCUGGGACUCAUAUCCACAGCCAGGCCCAGCUUCAUGGAGAUGCCCAAGUCUCACUUCAUCUCCGCUCUGACUGUUGUUUUCGUCAACUCCAAAUCUCUGUCCUCCCUGAAAAUCGACGACACCCCUGUGGAUGAUCCCUCCCUCAAAGUCCUGGUGGCCAACAACAGCGACACUCUCAAGCUGCUGAAAAUGAGCAGCUGCCCUCAUGUUUCACCUGCCGGCAUCAUGUGCGUGGCCGAUCAGUGCCACGGCCUGAGAGAGCUGGCUCUGAACUACCACUUGCUGAGCGACGAACUCCUCAUCGCGCUCUCCUCGGAGAAGCACGUUCACCUCGAGCACCUUCGCAUCGACGUGGUCAGCGAGAACCCAGGCCAGCAGUUCCACACCAUCAAGAAGAGCAGCUGGGACGCCAUGGUGCGCCACUCCCCCAAAUUCAACCUGGUGAUGUACUUCUACCUCUACGAGGAGGAGUUCGACCCUUUCUUCCGCGACGAAAUCCCCGUCACGCACCUGUACUUCGGCCGCUCCGUCAGCAAAGACGUGCUGGGCCGCGUCGGGCUCACCUGCCCGCGUCUGGUGGAGCUGGUGGUGUGCGCCAACGGACUGCGGCCUCUCGACGAGGAGCUCAUCCGCAUCGCCCAGCGCUGCACGCAGCUGUCCGCCAUCGGCUUGGGGGAGUGCGAAGUGUCCUGCAGCGCCUUUGUGGAGUUCGUGAAGAUGUGCGGAGACAGACUGAAGCAGCUGUCCAUCAUGGAGGAAGUGCUGGUUCCGGAUCACCGUUACGAGCUGGACGACAUUCACUGGGAGGUGUCGAAGCAUUUGGGUCGGGUCUGGUUCCCUGACAUGAUGCCUACAUGGUAGAGUUUGGUGAGGGGCUAAUUUGUUUUUUGUUUGGAUUUUUUUUGUGUGUACAGAUUCUUAUUUCUACUGGUACAACAGAAGAAGAAAUUACAUCUUUUUGAUCUUAUUUUGUUUUUAAUUUGAUGUAGCUGAUGCAUUUAUAUAAUUUAAUCACUCAUAUCAUUUAGCAUUUUCUUCCUCUGAGCCCUUCAGACCUGUUGUUGUUAUUUACACAUCAAUUAGUAGCGUGAACUGAUGGGUGUAUCUGGAAUCUGUUGGGAAUUUGAGGAAUUAUGCUCAAGACAGAAGUUGCUCCACAUCUGUGUUGCUGACAUGCAGGCAGAUGUUUUAUCUAGAGUUGUAAACGUUGCACCACGUUUUUUCCUCUUUCGUGUAUUGUACCACAAAUUAUCCUGUUGAAACUGUAAAGAAAAAGGUUAAUAUUUGAAAACAUAUACAUGAAACAAACCCUAAUUACAGACAUUAAUAUGCGGUAUACUUGUACAUGCAACGUAUAACUUUAAUGCACUUUUUCUCUAAUGAAGGUCCCCAAGCUUGGCAAAGUAAACCCAUACAGCCGCAGAGGUAAUUUCUUUCUGUUGUCACAAACUCUCUUUGUAGAUUAUUUGAAUUUCUGCUUCCUUUUUUUUUUUAAAAGAUUUAUUUUAUUUUUAACAUUCUAAGUCUAAUGAAUAGUACGGAUUAUUUAUUAUAUGAGGAGAAAAUCCCUUUACCAAGAGAAACUAUCAACACUACCAUAUAAUGUGCUACUAUAAUACAAAUGUCUAUCUAAGAAGGAUUUUCUAUUUAGUUUUUGUAGUCUGUGUUGUAAUAUCUAAUGUGUUUAAUACUGGUAUAGGAAAUAAAAAAAGGAGACUGUAUCACGAAUCACUAAGAUGUAUGGAUGUUGUUAAAUUCCAGACAUAAACAUAUUUAACUAUUAAUCCUGGUGAUGCAGUCACUUAAAUUUGUAAUUAGGAAAAAAAGCAAAUAUUGUGGGUUUGAACCACUGAAUUACAAGGUUACAAUCAUUUAAUUACCUCCAAUAAACAAAGUGAGAAGAAUGAGUAGGUGUGGCUCCAGCUGAAUGCUUCGCCAACUGAUCACUGACUUUUGUUAAAUUCUAUUUUUUAAAUUAAAAUUUAAUUUUUCUCAGUCCCAUGAUAAUAAUAAUAAUAAAACAUGUUAUUACUUGCACAAUCACCCUUUCGUUGAUAUAAAAUGAUGCUGUUCCACAUAGUGAAACAGAAAAAUGUCACGUCCUGAUCCGAAUGAAUACUGUUUAACCAUUUUUCAUUUAACAUUGGUUGUGUAUUAUUAUUAUGUUAACUGUAGUUACAUUUGUAAAAACUUCAAAUUUGAUAGCCUGCUGCUCUGUUAAUAGACCCAUCCUGUCUUUAUGUGUUUUCUUCCCUUUUAUGAUUCAUCCCGUUUGUUAGAAAACCAAAUGAAAAUACUUUCAAAACAUUGUUUUUCCUGUUUGUAAAUACACGCCAUCUGCUGGUUAGUGUGGUUAACUGCAUUUCUUUUCACCUGUGCAUGAAGAUGAUUAUUGUAAUCUAAGCAUGGGAUGGAGAGCUGAUCUUUCUUCUGAAACAGUUCAGCUGCUGUUAAGUUAUAUUUUCUCUUACUAAAGCUGUAUAAUACUGAGAUUUAUUUGAAAGUAACUUGUAUUUUUUUUCCAAAGUUAUACAAUAUUUUAGUUUAUAGUCAUUAAAAACGCUUGUUUAAAAAA